UCACUUUUUUACAAUUGCUUUCACUGCUGCAUUAGAAUAUAUACAUAGCAAAGUAACUAAGAGCAAGGAAGUAUUACGUAGAAUGUCCAGCUCUUGUGCAGAAAAAAAAUAAACAACUCAAAUCCAUGAUUAUAGAUUUUCAGCCCACAGGGGAAAAUGUUCUCCGAGCGUACAUGAGCAAAGUCUCUCGGAAAAUGAAUUUUACUUCGAAUUUACAUUCAGCCACUCGUUACUACAGUCAUGUUUUAGAAGCCGGUUGGUUUGCAUAUGAAAUGCGUUUCCGCUAGCAGCAAAGCGCAAUAUUCGUCGCGUUUGAGUCAAUAAAUUACCUAUCUAAAAUAAGUUUGGUUUCGGGCGUGGUGCCGUAUAUAAAUAAACAAAUCAAACCGUUACAACAUUUUUUCCACACACAAUUUGGAUUACCAGUGAAACAGUGAGCCUGGUUGAACAUGAUGCUUGAAAAAAUUGACACAUUCUACGAUCUUGACCGAAUUUACUCAACGAUCGAGCGUAUGCUCGUGCUGAUUCGUCAACUUUCUGGGGUUUCGCGCUUGGGUGAAAGCGGACGAUCUAUGUCUGUGGAGCUGCAGCUGUUAAAUGCAAUCGACGAUAAAAAAUAUCAACUACAGGAGCUGCAGGAUGCUGUCACCUAUCUUUUUAGUCAGUUUAGGAAGAUUUACGUGGUAAAUAAAGACCUGUACACUCAGUUGAUCAAACGUGGUGGUCGUAUAUUCGAGCUCGAAAAACAACUGCGUGAGCAGAGUGACAGCAAAUGCUUGUACUAUAUGGCGGAUGUGAUUAAAUAUGAACCGUCCUUAUUAGCCAUGCAAAGAGUAUUGGAAAGGACGAUCCGAGAAAUCAGAAUUUUCCGCAAACAAAGAAACAAACACAAGUUAGAGCUGUGCAUUAGCCACAUAAGAAACGAAAAUUUUGACAAAGCAUUUGAUGAGUUUUUCUCUUUCGAAAAUAGUAUACAACAACUGCCACAAAUCAUCGAGGAAGUGUUUGAAAACUCUAUCGAUAAUCUGAUAAAACUUUUACUAUUUCUCAGAGGUUAUUAUUAUCUGAGAAAACCAAAUUCGAAUGAAACAUUCGUUACAGCCUGCGAACACAUUGUGCAGUACCUCAAGUGUACAGUAAUGUUUUGUCGCGUUGAAUCGUUGAUGAUCUACAGCUUAAUUGAUAACGUUCUCAGCGAUGAAAACGAUUUCGAAGACUUCUACCUUGAAAGACUGGAACUUUUAAUAGUAGAUUUAGCUGCGAAUAAAGAGAUCGCUAUCCACCUCAUUCAAACUGAUCCUGAAGAAUCCAGUCACUUUGCAAAACUUUUCAACUACAUUUCGGAGCAACUACUUUUGGAAUUGAUACGUCAGGCUUACAAUAAGGCAUCCGGAAAUCUGAUCAACAUUAUGAACUUUAUUGGUCAUCUUCCCUGCAUAAACCAAAGCAUAAUAUGCUAUCAGGAACUUCAUACCGAAAUGCGACAAGCAGGUGUUUCCAAGUCGUCUUGCAUUUUAGUUCUUGCUUAUCAUAUAAGAAAAACGAUGCAAAACCCGAAAUUCAAUCAAUCAUCACGUGCAGCAGAACUAGUGGAUCUAAAAGCCAUUCUGCCUCCCAAUGUAGUGAGUAUCCUCUGGAAGCAUGUCACAAUUUCGAGGUAUGAAUCCCGAAUCCUUAUCAAGUUUAGCAAUGUUGGCAAGAGUAUAGGAUUCUCUCGAUAUACGGCUGAUAAAAAUCGGUUCGAGCUGGAACCUGUGGUAGAAGGCACAGCAUUCAGGAUCAGAAAUGUGGCUAUUAACGCAUACUUGGUGGAGAAGGAUGGUGAUCCCAUUAUUGUAGGAUCUAAAGUAGAUCCAUCCAGCAUGGACAGUCACUGGCAUUUAGUACCCUAUGACGACUGCACUUAUUUUAGAAUUAUCAAUCGAGCAAGUGGAAGGUGUUUGUUUUCCAGUUUUUCGGAAAAAUCCGAUUACGACUUCUAUGACUCUCCGGAGGUGAUACGGCUGACCCAGGACAGCCAGUUGCUGAGCGAGAGUAACUCGAACUGGAAAAUUGAAGCAUUUUCGAGAGGACCGAUUGGUGAAUCAGAGUGCACAAUCUUGUGAAUGUCUUGAUAACUAAGUGUAACUAAAUGACCUAAUGAUUCCAUUGUAAAUAAUGUGUCUAAGCAUGAAUAUACAACGUACCAAUGAACAAUCCAAAAUUAGAAAAAAAUGAAAGUUUGCCCUGUAAUACUCCAAAGAAACUUUAUAAAAUUUAAGUCCA